GGGAGGCCGGGCCUGGGGCGGGGAAGCAAGGCCUGUGCGGUGUGAGGAGGCCGCUCCGCCGCCGCCAUGCCCAAGGUGGUGUCUCGGUCCGUCGUGUGCUCCGACACCCGUGACCGAGAGGAGUACGACGAUGGGGAGAAGCCGCUUCACGUCUACUACUGCCUGUGCGGGCAGAUGGUGCUGGUGCUGGACUGCCAGCUGGAGAAGCUGCCGAUGCGGCCUCGGGACCGUGCCCGGGUGAUGGAUGCUGCCAAGCACGCACAUAAGUUCUGCAACGCGGAGGAAGAGGAGAGUGUUUUCCUGCGCAGGCCCGAGGGCAUAGAGCGGCAGUUCAGGAAGAAGUGUGGCAAGUGUGGACUGCUGCUCUUCUAUCAACACCAACAGAAAAAUGCUCCUGUGACGUUCAUUGUUGAUGGUGCUGUGGUCAAAUUUGGCCAGGGUUUUGGGAAAACAAACAUAUAUACUCAGAAACAAGAACCUCCCAAAAAGGUGAUGAUGACCAAACGCACCAAAGACAUGGGCAAGUUCAGUUCUGUCACAGUCUCCACAAUUGAUGAAGAGGAGGAGGAGAUUGAAGCGAGGGAGAUUGCAGACUCCUAUGCACAGAAUGCAAAAGUGAUUGAGAAACAGCUGGAACGCAAAGGCAUGAGCAAAAAGCGGCUGCAGGAGUUGGCUGAGUUGGAAGCCAAGAAAGCCAAGAUGAAAGGAACCCUGAUUGAUAACCAGUUCAAGUGAAAUGCUGCACAUCUGCUGAGUCUUCAGAGAGCAGAAGGCUACCAGGAGCUAUCACAGAUCUGUCAACAGAGCACAAGUAACAGUGUUGAAGGGCACUCUGCUGCAUGCAGCCAGCUUGGAGGAUGAGUAACUCUCUCAUAACCAAUGCUCUGGUACCGAUUUUAAUAACUCCAGUGGCACUGGAGACUUUGCUGAGGCUGCAGUUCUCUACAAAUGCAGUGUUAGGAACAAGCUGCUCCAGCCAGAAUAUUUACUUUUGGGAAGAUCUUCACUGGGUGCCUUCCUCAGUUCAAAUACACACCUUCUUAUGUUGGUAGUUUUCAAUUGUGUAAGGUUUGCAUAAGUGUAUUAGAGCUAUAGGUCAACUGUACAACAAAGAAAUGGCUACAGAAGUAA